AAAGAGCAGGAUGUAGCGGUACAUGUAUCGGGCUUGCUUCGUAUCAAUCCAACCACCAGAAGUCCGUCUCUCUAUUUAUGUCGACGCGGCGAGUGGGGUUUGUGGUAUGGGUAGUGUGAGGAUUGUCCACGGAGACGACUAACGUUUGAAAAAUGUCCAACAUCCUCGAUGCGGCGUCCAAAGUAAAAUGGGACCGCACGGCUGCUGCGAAGAGAGCCGUGUUUCUCGCAGCGGCUGCUUACGGUGUGAAAACACUGUACCCCAUCAUCUGCAGGCAGAUCGGCAAAAACAAGGACGCCAGGAGUAAUCGCCGGCCUUCAAAGGCGGAGAACGGCUCCACUUUGUCGGUAAAAACACAGAUAUCUGCUGCAAAUGAUACGACGCCGUCGCCUGGCGUAAAUGCGGAAUUUUUCAAGCAGAUCCUCGAACUUGGCAAGAUCCUCUUUCCCAAGCUUGUGUCCAAAGAGCUCGGGUUGCUCUCCUUGCACUCGGUAGCGCUGAUAUCGAGGACGUUUCUGUCCAUCUACGUGGCCAGCUUGGACGGGAAGAUCGUCAAAACAAUAGUGGAGAAGGAACCCAAGAGAUUCAUCUUCCAGCUGAUGAAAUGGCUACUCAUUGCCAUCCCGGCCACUUUCGUCAACAGCGCCAUCCGGUACCUGGAGUGCAAACUGGCUCUGGCCUUCCGCACCAGGCUGGUGAACCAUGCCUACCGGACCUACUUCACCAAUCAGACCUACUACAGAGUGAGCAACAUGGACGGGAGGCUCGCCAACCCGGACCAGUCUCUCACCGAGGACGUGAUGAUGUUUUCCCAGUCGGUGGCCCACCUCUACUCGAACCUCACCAAGCCAAUCCUGGACGUGGUGCUGACCUCCUACACGCUGAUACAGACCGCCCGGUCCAGGGGGGCCAACGCCAGCGGGCCGACCCUGCUGGCCGGGCUGGUGGUCUUCAUCACGGCCAAGGUCCUGCGUGCCUGCUCGCCCAGAUUUGGCAAGCUGGUGGCUGAGGAGGCUCAUCGGAAAGGCUACCUGCGCUAUGUUCACUCCAGGAUCAUUGCUAAUGCCGAGGAGAUCGCAUUCUACAGGGGACACAAGGUGGAGAUGCGUCAGCUACAGAAGUGCUACCGGGUUUUGGCCGAGCAGAUGCACCUGAUCCUGUCCAAGCGUCUCUGGUACAUCAUGGUCGAGCAGUUCCUCAUGAAGUACGUGUGGAGCGCCUGUGGGCUCGUCAUGGUGGCAGUGCCGAUCAUCACGGCUACCGGCUUCGCUGACAACAAAACAGCAGACGGGCGCACGCAUGUGAUGGUCAGUGAGAGGACGGAGGCCUUUACCACAGCCCGCAACCUCUUGGCCUCAGGCGCUGACGCCAUCGAGAGAAUCAUGUCAUCCUACAAAGAGGUCACAGAGCUGGCUGGUUACACGGCACGUGUCCACAACAUGUUUGUGGUGUUUGAGGACGUCCAGAAGGGAGUUUACAAACGCUCCUGUGUGUCAACCACGACCGGAACAGAAAAGAAGAGCAAGCCUGAGAUGCACAUAGAUGGACCGCUGGAGAUAAAGGGUGAAGUGAUAGACGUGGACAAGGGCAUAGUGUGCGAGAAUGUCCCAAUUAUCACGCCGAAUGGAGACGUAGUAGUGUCCUCCCUGAACCUUAAGGUGGAAGAAGGCAUGCAUCUAUUGAUCACAGGGCCUAACGGCUGUGGAAAAAGCUCCCUGUUCAGGAUCCUUAGCGGCUUGUGGCCGGUCUACGGCGGUCGCCUAUACAAACCCUCUCCGCAACAUUUGUUCUACAUUCCUCAGAGGCCAUACAUGUCGAUGGGUUCACUUCGGGACCAGGUGAUCUAUCCAGACUCGGUGGAGGAUAUGGCUGCCAGAGGCCUCAGUGACAAGGACCUGGACAUCAUCUUGGACAUAGUCAACCUCUACCAAAUUGUCACCAGAGAAGGAGGCUGGGAUGCCGAGCUGGACUGGAAGGACGUGCUGUCAGGAGGCGAGAAGCAGAGGAUGGGCAUGGCUCGCAUGUUCUACCACAAGCCUAAAUAUGCGCUGUUGGAUGAGUGUACCAGCGCUGUGAGCAUUGACGUGGAGGGGAAGAUUUUCCAGGCUGCUAAGGACGCCGGCAUCUCUCUGCUCUCCAUCACACACAGACCUUCGCUGUGGAAGUACCACACCCACCUGCUUCAGUUCGACGGGGAGGGAGGCUGGCGCUUCGAGCAGCUGGACACGGCGACGCGCCUCUCCCUCACCGAGGAGAAGCAGCGGCUGGAAACCCAGCUGGCCGGCAUUCCCGAGAUGCAGCAUCGCCUCAACGAGCUCUGCAAGAUCCUGGGGGACGACUCCGUCCUCAAGACGGACGAGGAGUGAAUGGAAGGGGAGGCCCAGAGGAGUAAAAGAGGCCCAAAGGGGGAAGAGAAGAACGGCCGAGAGACAAAGAGGCCAUGAAAGAAUCAGAAAUCUGUCGGGGUUUGUUGUUUUCUUUUCUAGAUGUUUUUCUUUUGCUCCAAACAUCUCUGGUUAAAGCAGCGGAGCUCUCAAAGCCAGUCUCUCAGCUCUCCCUCCCUCCUCUCCGUCUUGUUUUAAUCCCUUGGUGGAGGGAGCCCAGUGAAGUGGAAUCACAAGUAUUAUCCCUUAUUCUUACGCACAUCAUGCGCAUACUCGGUUGUAGAUUUUUUUUUUUUAAUGUGGUUUUAGCGCAUGUCAUUUUCAAUAUCAACGUGGCAAAAGCGGAUACAAAACAAAAGUAACCGAGAUAAUUUAUUUGUUUGCUUAUUUUAUUGCACUUUAAUCUGAUUUUAAAGGGCUGUUUCCGUUUGUUGUGGUAGCUCACAGUAAAAGAAGGUGAUAGCUGUAUUCUGCUGGAAAGCUUUUAAUGUAGAAAAUAUCAAUGUCCGCAGCAGUAUUCCACACCCGGUAUACUGGGUUGUGCACAAUCCACAUUUUGUUAUAAUUUAGCAGUAGAUUUUACUUUACUCGAUGUUGCCUCCUAGUUAUUGAGAGGUCAAAAGAGACUAUUUUUCAUGAUGUCACAAUCUGCCUUUGUUUGAUUUUGUGUGUUUCGUCGCAGUACAAUUCCUCUUUUUAUACCUCAUCUUCACCCUUGUUAGGACCCUGUAUCACAGAUGUGGCGCUCAUUCGCCACCAACAAAGAAAAGCGAGCCCUCCGAGGGUCCAUUAUUAGAGCAAUUAGUGAUACAGUUCCAACUCCAGAACUAUUGUGUUCUGGCUUCUGUAACAAAUAGUCCUACAUAUACUGUACAUGGGUGAACAGGUAGCCAUUUAGAUGAUACGCAUAUACCCAUCAACCACCUUUUCAAAGCCCCCCUCCCCACCACAGUGCAUGCCAGAUGCCUGCUGGGACUCUGCUUUGUCAGUGGGGCCGGUUUGGUUGCACAUUCUUGCAGGAUGCUAUAGGAAAAUGGGCUAAGACAUUAUGCUAAUCUACUCCAACAUUUCUGGACACUUCCUAAAAGUUAGAAGAAAUACUCUGCAUUUCUCAAGUGGAUUAGCUUUUAAAAUAAUGAAGUGAAUUGAUAUGCUGUGCUAUUACUCCUCAUGUCAUUAUGUUAUACCCAUAUGAGUUUGGGUAUAGGUUUUUACAUCAUUACUAUAUUAAAACAUGGGGCUAAUAUUUAGUAGCAGUACAGUUUUAAUUUUCAGCACAUUGACAUCUUUGGGUUUGGUUGGUUUUCCUAGUUUCCUAGCCCACGUGUUUGUUACCAGCAACUCUUCUGAAGCUUUUAUACUGUGAAAUCUGUGAUUUGUUACAUGAGCAUUAUUUUUGUUGUCAUCAUCAACAACAAAGAGUCCUAAAUGCUGUGUGUUCUCAUGUGGUGGUUCCAAGCUGUGGUUGUGACUGCUCUCCCAGUCUGUAAAUGUGCGGGUGCUCACUCUACUGCAGAAAGAGUCUUGAGGAAACGUAAAUUAGGAGGUUUUCUUUAGUGGUGGAACUAGAAGAGGAGAUUGGGGUGAUCAUUGUAUUGUAAUAGCAAAAAGCACCUAAAAUAAUCCGUCCUUCAUGACACUCUUAUUAAAUUACAGCAAUUUAAAUUUGCCAGAGCGCUUUUGGGACAUGAAUCUGCUAAUAUCUCCAUGUAUUUGCAGGACACAAUCCAUGUCACUCUCUUAUAUCAAGUCAUCUAUUUUGUUAUCAUGACUCUGUGUGGUUAAUAUGCCACCGUAACUGUAAACAGAGAACAGACAAUCAGUCACAUAAAGCAGCACAGUACGAACUCGUGCAAAGCCCUGCCUCCAACCACACCUUUCGGCUUGUUAUUGUCUGCACAGAAAUAAGUAAAUGAGUACCGGUUUUAGGUAAAUACACCUGCGUCAACUGCUUUGUUGUGGAACUCAUAAUGUAAAUAGACAACUUUGUCUCCCUCCGGCCUUUCGUUAGUCAUAGCUGGAGAUGCAUCCAAAGUGCAACAUCUUUUCCCCCUAGAGGCUUUUACGAACCACAACAAGCCUUUCGGCUUUUAGAGUACGCCUCCAUUUUGCAGCCCUUCUCUGCUUAGGAAGUUGGCUGCUAGGUUACAAAAGGACAAAUGUAAAAUCUCUCGUCCCUCAGCAAAAUUUGAGCAGACUAGAAAUGAUUAAUGUUGUUAUAAUCUGGAUUGCAAAUAAAGUAUUGUUGCUUUUGCUUGCCAGGCAAGAAAGCAUCACACCUGCAGGCCUUUUUGGAAAAAGUUCUUGUUGUGUCUCCGACUCGGGUUGACAGGAGGCCGGACAAGCCGCUGAAUGACACACGAGUCUGUCACUGGAACAUGAGGUCACCCUGUGUGGCAUUCAUAGGCUUUAUAAGUAAGAACUACUUUUAGGUCGUCUUUUAAAGGACUGGAUAAGAAACAAUGAGGUGCCAUUUUUUAUGUUUUGUCUUGGUAUGAUUUGCUUAAUGAGGACCCUUUUGGUGCUAUCUUGUUUCUGCUGCUGUUGCGCGGCCACAGUAGUUGUUGCAAGUACAAUAUUUUAAUAACUACUAACUUCAAGAUAAACAUGUCUUUUGAUUUUAUCUUUUAGUAUGGCACCUCAUUAUUUCUUAGCCCCCUUCAGAAAACUGUGAGGUUUGGCCUCUAGGGCCUACUGCACUGCAUGACCCUACUAAAUACUGUUAAUACUAACGGACACAACUUUGAUAUUGAAAGGUUCCCCUAAUAGAUUCCCUUCAUAAGUAAUCAACUGAAUGUAUCCAUUAUGUAUGAUAAAGCAUCUCUUAUGAAGGUUAUACAGACAAUGAAUUCAUGUGAUCAGGUCAUACAGGUUCCCUUUUUGGUUUGAUAAUCAAUCAUUUUAUUACUGUGUUGAGUUGUGGAUGUGACAUUAUUUUCAGCGCAACCUGGUAGGGGCUUGAAUUGUGAUUCACUGUACAUGUGGAGUGUGAAACAAAGAAUGUUGGUGUAGGACAGAACAACAUGACCACAAGUACAGUAGUUCUCAAAGCCAGGGAUUAGCCAGAAUUACAGUUUGCAAUCAAGACUCCCAGACAUAACUAUUUUUAACUUCUUAAAUUUCCUUUAUAUGGAUCUCAUUAUGCAUGUGUAGGAAUCUGUAUUCUUUAACCUUUGAACCGGAAAAGGUACAUUGGCAAAAAGGUAAUCUGUAUAAAAUAUUCAUAUGCUACGAUCACUUUAUGUUGAAAGAUGAAGAUGUAUUUUCUUGUUAAUAAAAACAAUACAGUGCAACCUCAA